CCACCUGCCCUGUGCCAUCUGGAGCCUGGGAGCAGGUUACGUGGGUGGCAUGGGUCAGAGCAUCACCUCUGUGCCUCAGUUUCGCCAUGAGCAGAAGCAGGAGGUGAUACCCUACCCAGCAACGGUGCAGCAAGGGUUAACCGCAGCGCCCGUGAGGAUUGCUUAAUGCAGCAAAACAUAAGGAGCCUCUGCGUAGGGAUGAUUAAAAUGCACCUUCAAAGGUCACCCUGAGCUGUCAUGGAAAAGCAGUGGGGCGGGCUGAGCUCCCCAGCUCCUUGCUGCCUUCGGGGUUGGAAGUCCUGCUGCCUGUGUCUCGUGGAUUUGCCUUGCCGACGUCUCUCCGUUGCUGUCCUCUCCCAGGGAGCCUCUUGGAGCACCAAAGAAGCUCUUUCUCCCCAAACUGACAGAGGGGUCGAGGUCCACCAGCAGCUGGGGAAGGGGCCCAGCACCUUCAUCCCCCUGGGAGAGAUCCCACAGGAAGGCGCAGAGAGCAGCCUGCGCCAGCUCCUCAUCGAGGCCUUCGUCUCGGCGGGCAGGGUGGACAACAUCACCAUGGUCAUGGGGCUGCACCCCCAGUAUCUCAGCAGCUUCUGGAAGACCCAGUACCUCCUCCUGCGCAUGGACGGGCCCCUGCCCUACCACAAGCGCCACUACAUCGCCAUCAUGGCAGCAGCCCGGCACCAGUGCUCCUACCUGGUGGGUUUGCACAUGGGGGAGUUCCUGCAGGCAGGGGGCAACCCAGCGUGGCUGCAGGGGCUGCACUGUGCCCCCCAAAAACUCAGGAACCUCAACGAGAUCAACAAACUGCUGGCCCACAGGCCCUGGCUCGUCACCAAGGAGCACAUCGAGGCUCUGCUGAAGACGGGGGAGCACAGCUGGUCGCUGGCGGAGCUGGUGCAGGCCCUGGUGCUCCUCACCCACUACCACUCGCUCGCUUCCUUUGUCUUUGGCUGCGGCAUCAACCCCGAGGAGGACCAGGAUGGGGGGCACAGCUGCCAGCCCCCCUCACCCCACAGCGACAGUAGCCCAGCCUCCGACGACAGCCUGGGGAGCUCUGGGGGCAAAGAUGCCAUGCAGGAGGUGGAAGUGCUGAUGGAGAGGAUGAAGCUGCUGCAGGAAAGCCAGCUGGAGGAGGAGGGUGUCACGCAGGAGGAGAUGGCGACGCGCUUCGAACAGGAGAAGACUGAGAGUUUGCUGGUCGCUCCCUCGGAUAUUGUGGAUCACUCCCUGCAGUCCAACGUCCUCUGCUUCGUGGAGGACCCCGAGUUCGGCUACAAAGACUUCACGCGGAGAGGCGAGCAGGCACCCCCCACUUUCCGUGCGCAGGAUUACACCUGGGAGGACCACGGCUACUCGCUGAUCAACCGCCUCUACCCUGACGUGGGGCAACUCCUGGAUGAGAAGUUUCAAGUCGUCUACAACCUGACGUACAACACCAUCGCCAUGCACUGUGGCGUGGACACGUCCAUGCUGCGCCGGGCCAUCUGGAACUACGUCCACUGCGUCUUCGGGAUCCGCUACGACGACUACGACUAUGGAGAGGUGAACCAGCUCCUGGAGCGCAGCUUGAAGAUCUACAUCAAGACGGUGGCUUGCUACCCUGAGAAAACCACCAAGCGGAUGUACACACAGUUCUGGAGACACUUCAAGCACUCGGAAAAGGUGCACAUCAACCUGCUCUUGCUGGAGGCUCGGAUGCAGGCAGCUCUGCUCUACGCCCUGAGAGCUGUCACCCGCUACAUGACCUGACCGGCCUCUGCUCCCUUCUCCUCCUCCUGCCCCAGGUUUGGGGGAGAGGCCAGGGGGGAGCUGAUACCCUAAAGAGUUUGCUGGAAUAUUGUCUUCCCCGCUUAAGGGGCCUGGAGCUGUGAAAGGAAAGGGGGGGCUUUCUUGCCCCUCAUCCCAGGAGAGGGGACCCCCAAGAAGCCCUGGGUGCCAGGAAGAGCCUGGCCUGCUGUCCUGGGGCUCAGAGAGCUGGGGGUGCUCGACUGCUCCAUGCCUUUCUCGGAGUGAGCCUGAAAGAAGCCAGACUGGGGUGCUGUGGGUGCUGCUUUCACCGUGCGGUGCUGGUGUUACACCUCUGUGCCACCUCCCGGCACCAAGGCUGCCACCGUGCAGGAUGCUUUUCGUGCCAGAGAUCACGAGAGGGUAUCGUAUCGUGGGCUUCGCCCCUGCUUCUUGGGGUCUUGUCAUGCUGGAAGACAGGCAGCUGCUGGCGGGGAUGCUGCCCUGGCACCCCCUCCCCCCCGCUGCAGCUCGCACCCAAGGAUGGCACCACAGGAGUGGUGGGAAGGACCUGGCCACCCCGUUGCCCAGCCGGACAGCCCCCCGUGCCACCCGCUUCCGAGCUGAGUCCCCCCGUGUUGUGGAGCCGCAGCCUCUUCCCCAGCCAUGCAGACCCCCGCUCCUCCCUGCCCGGCCUGGGUGUUUCCACUGCCUUCAGCGUCCGCUGUGACACGGGGUCCCCUCCGUGGCUGGGGGUGUGCGCAGCCCCUCACUGCUCCUCCCUGUGGACCCUGGCACGGCCAGACCCCAGCCCAGCCCUUGGAUGGGGGCUGGCAGGGCUGCAGGGGGGGGUUAAGCUUUGCCUGCCCAAGCCCCCUGCAACUGGGGAUGUGAAGUGCCUCUUAAGCUGGGUCCCAGGGCAGGAGCAGGGUGUGUAGUGCCUGCCGUGUGUUUUACACUUUUUUGCGUCAUUUUCCAGCCACUGGCACAUCUCUGCUGCCUCAGCCUUCGGCGUGAGGCGGGGGGAGCUGUGCUGGGGCAUGGGGCUGCCUGCGCCUGCCCAUCCUGGGGUGGGAUGGGGGGUGGCCAUAGCUUUACCCAGAUGUGCCCGAGCAUUUCCCAGCGGUGCGGGUCGCCGGGGAGGUGCCUGUUUGGGAGGGCCCCGGCUCCUGGCUCUGCUGGAGCAGGGGUCAGGGUCCGGCAGCAUCACCUGCUGCUCAGCCACUCUUGGUUUGUAGCUCCAAUUAAGUUAUUUCUGUAUUUUUUUGGGUGUAUUUAAUCCUGACUGGGCAUGGAAAUGCCACUGUGGCUUUGCUACAGAUUUUGUUUUGAAAAAAUAAAAUUGUUCUUUUUUUUUUUU